AUGGGAGCACUAGAAGGGAGAUCUACACUUGAGUUUGAGGAUGAGAGCCUCGCCAGCCCUGGGCCAUUUAGUAAUAAGACAUCUUCUCUGGAUGCAGCCCCGAACAGAUUUUUCUUUGAUGAUGGUUCUGAAGAUUUUGUUGGGGGUCUUUUGAGUGCUACUUUUGGAAAUGCAACAGAGCUGAUAAUAUCAAUGUAUGCACUGAAAAGUGGCAUGCUACGAGUUCUUCAACAGUCAUUACUGGGCUCAAUUUUAUCAAACAUGUUGCUGGUUCUUGGAUGUUCAUUUUUUGCUGGUGGAAUUGUUCAUUCUAAUAAGGAACAGGUGUUUGACAAGGCAACUGCCAUUAUGAAUUCGGGAUUGCUCUUGAUGGCAGUCAUGGGCCUGUUGUUCCCAGCUGUUCUCCAUUUCACACAUACUGAGUUGCACUUUGGGAAGUCUGAACUGGCACUUUCACGCUUUAGCAGCUGCAUUAUGCUCGUGGCAUAUGGUGCCUAUCUGUUUUUCCAGCUGACGAGCAAUAGGAAUGCAUAUUCCCCUGUUAAAGAGGAAGAAAGUCAGAAUGAUGGAAGCUCGGGUGAUGAAGAAGCUCCUGAGAUCUCUAAAUGCGGAUCAAUAAUAUGGCUCUUCAUUUUGACUGUAUGGAUAUCAGUCCUUUCAGAGUAUCUUGUGAAUGCCAUAGAGGGGGCAUCUGUUUCAUUGAAUAUACCGGUGUCGUUUAUUAGUGUUAUCUUACUCCCAAUUGUUGGAAAUGCUGCAGAACAUGCAGCUGCUGUUAUGUUUGCCAUGAAAGACAAGCUUGAUAUUUCUUUAGGAGUGGCGAUAGGCUCCUCGACACAGAUAUCUAUGUUCGGGAUUCCAUUUUGUGUGGUUGUGGGGUGGAUCAUGGGACGUCCUAUGGAUUUGAAUUUUCAACUUUUUGAGACCGCCACUCUUUUCAUGACUGUUCUUGUAGUAGCCUUCAUGCUGCAGGAGGGAACUUCAAACUAUUUUAAAGGACUAAUGCUCCUCUUUUGCUAUUUGAUAGUCGCAGCAAGUUUCUUUGUACAUAUAGAUCCUAAAUCUAUACAGGAUAAACCCUCAAAGCCUUAGUUAUUAAAAUAGCAAACAGAUUUGUUAUGAAGACGUGCAAAGCUAAAGGCCGGUUCCAUGUCUUUGAAACGAUUUUUGUGAACGAAGGAAUGCUUUCAAACUUGGUCAAUGAAGAGCCAUGGAUCAUGAAGCUGUUCUGCCACAGCUCGAGGUCUGUCUUUCCCAUGACAGUGCAAUCAGAUUGGACAUCCAUCAAGUAGCUCUAAUUUUCCUAUAGAAUUUUAGCUGUUAGCAGCGGCAGAAGCCAGCGAUAUGUAAUGAAAAUGCAAAGAAGACGUUAUUAUUAUUUUAUUUGGUUUUUAGUUCUGUGGUCAUAUACCAUUACUUUUGGUGUCAUUCCUGCCCUACAUAUGUAUACUCAUGAGCUACAAUUGAAUUGUCUUGUCCUGUUUCAUCCUUAUUUUUUUC